GGCGGCGCUGGCCGAGCGAGGCGGGGCGGCCUCCUGCUGCAGCUGCCCGCGAGCUCCAGGCAGCCGCGCCCCCGUCCUCCUUCCUCCCUCUGCAGCAUCUGUGACCGCCUCGAGAACUCUUUGAUCCGGACUGGGUAGAGUCCUCCGGGACAGAAUAAACUUCGCAGGACAAAAUAGAACAAAAUGGAAAACAUACUAUUCUGGUUGAUAUUUGUCACCUCUGCGUGGGCCCUCAUUCGUGGAUCUGAAAUGGAACAGGACGCUAUGUGGCACUUAAGAAGAAUACCUCGGGUUGCCAGUGAAAGGACUUUCCACCUCGCCAGUCCCACGUUUGAAGCGGAUGCUAAGAUGGUGUUAAAUAAAGUGUGUGGCAUCGAAUGCCAGAAAGAACUCCCGGCUCGCAGCCUUGCUGAACUGGAGGACUCCCUUUCAUAUGAGACCGUCUUUGAGAACGGCACUCGAACCUUAACCAGAGUGAAAGUUCAAGAUUUGGUUUCUGAACCGACGCAAAAUAUCACCACAAAAGGAGCACCUGUGAGGAGAAAGAGACAGGUCUACGGCACGGACAGCCGCUUCAGCAUCUCGGACAAAAGAUUCUUAACCAAUUAUCCUUUCAGUACGGCCGUGAAGCUCUCCACAGGCUGCAGUGGCAUUCUAGUUUCCCCUAAUCACGUCCUGACCGCUGCCCACUGUGUUCACGAUGGAAAGGACUAUAUCAAAGGGAGUAAGAAGCUAAGGGUAGGAGUGUUGAAGAUGAGGAAUAAAGGUGGUGGCAAGAAACACAGAGGUUCUAAGAGGCUCAGGAGAGAAGCUGAUGGUGGUGACCAGGGACAGGAUCCCAAAGAGAAUCUGAAGGAGAGACGCAAGGGCAGAAGAAGAGAGUCCGGCCGGCGUCGGCAAGGCGUGGAGGGCAGGCCCUCUUUCCAGUGGACCCGGGUCAAGAAAACCCACAUACCAGCAGGCUGGGCGAGAGCGGGGAUGGGAGACGCAGCCUUGGACUAUGACUACGCUCUUCUGGAGCUGAAACGCGCUCACAAAAAGAAAUACAUGGAACUCGGAGUCAGCCCAACCAUCAAGAAGAUCCCGGGCGGGAUGAUCCACUUCUCAGGCUUUGAUGAUGAUAGGGCUGAUGAGUUGGUCUAUCGGUUCUGUAGCGUGUCCGAUGAAUCCAGUGAUCUCCUCUAUCAAUACUGCGAUGCAGAGUCGGGCUCCACUGGCUCGGGGGUCUAUCUGCGUCUGAAGGAGCCGGACAACAGGAAUUGGAAGCGCAAAAUCGUUGCCGUCUACUCCGGCCACCAGUGGGUGGACGUGCACGGUGCCCAAACGGACUACAACGUGGCUGUGCGCAUCACUCCUCUGAAAUACGCCCAGAUUUGCCUCUGGAUUCAUGGAAAUGACGCCAAUUGUACUUACGGCUAACAGGGACCUGAACCAAGGUCCUUUGUUAUCUAAAUUGCAGAGAAAAUCAGUUCUUAUUAAGGUAGCAAGAUCACCUCACAUACGGUUAUGCCUGGACUUGAACGCUAUCAGCACCAUGUCAACCUUUAAAGUUUGUACUUUUCAAAAUUAGAUGUUCAUACAUUUAAAAAUGUUUAGGUCAGAUGUUGAACUACACGGGCAUUUCAAUGCCAAGUAUAUACUCUACAUGGUGAUAAAUUUCAUUUUUGGGAGAA